UAUCACCCAAAAUGUCAGCACGCUGAGAGAUCAUGCACCGGGACUGUUAACACGGGACUAUUUACCACAUAUGUUUGUAUAUCAUAUAUGGUUAUAUAAAUAUUUAUUUAUUUUGUUGGGAAAGUCCGCCAGUGGCCAUCCGUAUUCUGAUUUGUCUGGAUUUUUAUCAUGAAACCUCAGCAGAAAUGUUAUUCUGGUAGCCACUGAAGAGCUAGCUGUCAGUCUGUGCUCAUCUCUCAGGACUGGAGGACACAAUGUUUUGCCUCGUGAAACGGGUCUGCGAAAUACCUCCACGUGUUUUACAGUUUAAGAUGUGUAGACGGAGAGAUCUGAACACAAACCUGAGCUACACAGUACUGAGACACUGCUGGAUGAAGAGUUUGCCUGUGUUUUCCAGCACCAGCUUCAGGAGAUCAAGCACACAAGCCAGCAAGGAUGCUGUUGACUUGUCCAAAUUCCCUGUGGACAGAAUCAGGAAUUUCUGUAUCAUUGCUCAUAUUGACCAUGGAAAAAGCACUUUGGCUGACAGGCUGUUGGAAAUGACAGGUGCGAUAGCAAAGAAUGAGAAGAACAAGCAGGUUCUGGACAAGCUUCAAGUGGAGCGGGAGAGAGGGAUCACUGUGAAGGCCCAGACAGCCUCCUUGUUUUACAGCCACGAGGGACAGGAAUACCUCCUGAACCUCAUCGACACACCGGGUCAUGUUGACUUCAGUUAUGAAGUGUCUCGGUCCCUUUCUGCAUGCCAGGGUGUCCUCUUGAUUGUUGAUGCCAAUCAGGGCAUUCAGGCACAAACUGUGGCAAACUUCUACCUGGCUUUUGAAGCUCAGCUGGCUAUCAUACCUGUGAUUAAUAAGAUCGACUUAAAAAAUGCCGAUCCUGAGCGAGUGGAGUCUCAGAUUGUAAAGGUGUUUGAUAUUCCAGGUGAAGAGUGCAUCAGGAUUUCAGCUAAACUGGGAACAAAUGUGGAAAAGGUCCUCCAAGCAGUUGUGGAGAGGAUUCCACCGCCUGUGGGGAGCGUUGACGAGCCAUUCAAAGCCUUAGUGUUCGACUCCAAUUUUGACCACUACAGGGGAGUGGUGGCCAAUAUUGCCGUGUUUGGAGGUCGAGUCAAGAAAGGCGACAAGAUCACGUCAGCAUAUCUGGGCAAAACCUACGAGGUCAACGAGCUGGGCCUUCUGCGGCCAGAUGAGCACCCAACACAGAAGCUCUUUUCAGGCCAGGUGGGAUAUGUCAUUGCAGGGAUGAAGGAUGUGAAAGAAGCCCAGAUUGGUGACACACUCUACCUCCAAGAUCAUCCAGUCGAAGCUCUUCCAGGGUUUAAGCCGGCCAAAGCCAUGGUCUUCGCUGGCAUGUAUCCGAUGGACCAGUCAGAGUACCCCGGCCUUCGCAGUGCCAUCGAGAGGCUGACCCUGAACGACUCCAGCGUUGCCGUGCAGAGAGACAGCAGUCUGGCCUUGGGAGCAGGCUGGAGACUUGGGUUCCUGGGUCUUCUCCACAUGGAAGUGUUCAACCAGAGGCUGGAGCAAGAGUACAACGCCUCGGUCAUCGUGACCGCACCCACUGUGCCCUACAAGGCUGUCCUCUCGUCCGCCAAACUCAUCAAAGAACACGGCAGCGAGGAGAUAACCAUCGUGAACCCGGCUCAGUUUCCGGAAAAAUCGGUUGUGUCAGAAUAUUUGGAGCCGAUGGUGCUGGGGACCAUUCUAGCUCCGGACAUUUACACCGGCAAGAUCAUGGGUCUGUGCAUGAAUCGGAGGGCGGUCCAGAAGAAUAUCGUGUAUAUAGACGAUCAGCGUGUCAUGAUGAAGUUUCUCUUCCCUCUGAAUGAAGUAGUUGUUGAUUUCUAUGACCUCCUCAAAUCACUCUCAUCUGGAUACGCCAGCUUUGAUUAUGAGAACGCAGGCUACCAGGCGGCUGACCUGAUAAGAAUGGAUAUUCUUCUGAACGGGCGGCCGGUGGAAGAACUCACCACGAUCGUACACAGGAGCCGUGGCUACAGCUCAGGGAAGUCCAUGUGUGAGAGACUGAAGGACACUAUUCCCAGGCAGAUGUUUGAGAUUGCCGUACAAGCAGCCAUUGGAAAUAAAGUCAUCGCCAGAGAAACGAUAAAGGCAUACAGGAAAAAUGUUCUCGCAAAAUGUUAUGGAGGAGAUAUAACACGGAAGAUGAAGCUCCUAAAGAAACAGGCAGAGGGCAAAAAGAAGAUGAGGCGCAUCGGAAAUGUGGACGUUCCCAAAGAUGUAUUUAUUAAUGUUCUGAAGACGAAAGAAAAAUAGGAGAUACUAUCAAUACACUAAUACACACACACACACAUAUAUAUAUAUAAAAAUAAUAUGUGUGU